GGCUUCUGGGUCGUGGACCGUUGGGCAGUGAGGCGACACCUCAGCUAGGUGGGAAGCUAGAGCCAUGCCUUCAGAGGGGAGGCGAAGGCGGCGGGGGAGGACUAGGUCGAAGAGCCGGGGGAUUCGGGGGGCGAGCUCAAGGCUGGUAGCUUGUGAGGCGGAGUGCAAUGUGGAGAUCCCGGCAACUGGGUCGCAUCCAGGAGGCAGCAAUGCCGGGCAGGAGGCCAUCAUGGCUGCCACACCUCAGCCCAGCUGGCAGGCAUCUGUGCGUGGCUUCCGUGCUGAGACUCGCCGCUCUCUGGUGAAGAUGUGGGCCCACAAGCGCCUGAGGCUGCUUAUACUCUGCAUCUGGGUCCUGCCAUUGCUGUGCUACUAUAUGAGUCCUGGGUUCCCAAAUUCUUUGUCUCCAAAUGACUAUAUUCUGUGGAACAAGGAAAAUGCUGAUGGACAACUUCUGGAAGACGAUUCUGCGUGGGGAAUUCUGUUGCAUUUUUUCUUCCCAACAACAUGCAUACUAAAGGAGAAUCAGGUGGCAAAGCCUUGUAAACAGCUGCAAGACCUUAACGAAAGUGAAUGCUUGAGAUACAAAUGCUGUUUUUCAUCACUCGGGACCAGUGGCUUCAGCUGUUAUGCCCCAUUAAGAGAUAAGCCUACGCAGAUGUUCCGGAUGUUUGGGCUUGGUGCAUUCAGCAUGAUCAUCUUGGGAUGGCUGCCCCUUUAUUGCUUCUCUCUUUGCCGGAGGAGCAAGUGGGCCAAUCCUUUACGAAGGAAAGUCAAUAGAAUGUUAAGGGGUUUGAAGAAACAAAGAAAAAAACAGAAGAGGGAUGCUGAAAUUUUAGAGACAGAAAUGGAAGAUAAGGAAGAUGAUGAAAAGGAGCAAGAGACUAGAGCAUUACUUUCCCAGUGAGAUGAACACAAACUAUCCAAAGCAGAGGAGACUGUCCAGUCAUCCAAACCUGAUGGGGUGUUUUAGAAGAAUAAAAAUUGGUUCUUAUUUUUGUCAUUUACUUUUAAAUAUUAAAUAAAAUUGUUAGUUCUGUUUUUGCACAUCAAA